UGUUCAAACGAAAUAUUUACAGCAGAUUGUACGACCUGAAGAAGACACAUCUUUGUUGGGAUAACUCUCUCUAUCUCUUUCCCAUUUGAGUCGCAUUUAUACAAAAUUGAUAUACCAAAAAGGCUCGAAUGGCGACAGAGAGCGAAGAGAACGGCACCGAAAUGCAAACUGAGGUGGACGAGUCUGUUUAUUCGCUGGCUCGGUGCAAGCUGGAGAACCUCCUCAAUAAGAGUAUGAGGAUUCGGAUGACAGACGGGCGGACGCUAGUGGGGCUCUUCCUGUGCACAGACCGAGACUGCAACGUCAUCCUGGGAUCUGCACAAGAAUUCCUCAAAUCUACAGGUACCCAGUGCACCCCAGAUUCUUUCUCACAAGGUGAACCCAGAGUGUUGGGACUGGCUAUGAUCCCCGGCCAUCAUGUGGUUUCUAUAGAAGUGGAAUCUGAAAGCCUUCAGACCACCACCCAUGGACUCUGACAACUUAAGAGACAUUUGGGGUCACCAUAUGGACUAUAGAGAAUUUAGUUUCCAUGCACACUUUGUAUCUGCAACUACAGAGAUAGCAGAAGAGCUGGAGUUGUAACCCAAUAGGAUUUUUCCCAGUGUGUGUGUGUGUGUGUGUGUGUGUUUUUCUUUUUUUCUUCAGGGAAAUGCAAUACACAGUGGUUUGGACCUCUGUGUUGAAACAAAAAUUAUUAAUAACAGUGUGACUUGUAAACUGUACCCUUUUGCUUGUUUGUUUGCUUUGUGAGCAGUGCACAUUGUGUAUGUAAUUCUAUGGAUAUUGCAAUUUUUCAAUAAGAGUUUAAUAAUCAAUCUGAUAUUUGUAUGAUGUCAUUGCACCAUUUAUUAAUAUUUCCUCAUAACCUCAUAUCACCAGCAGAGGUCAUUCACAGACCUUAUUCUUUUACAUGUUGAUUAUAAUUGCACAUAAACAAAAUGACAUCUUUCAACUGCUAAAAUUACGAGAGUGCAAAUAAUUAUAUAUGCAUACAUAUAUCUCAAUACAUUACAAAAUUAAAAGGAUUUUUAUUUUACUGAAUUCAUAUCUAUGGAUAUAGAAAAAGAAUGACUAAAUACCAUCUUGGUUAUUUAGUUAUCCAAUAUAAUUGUCAAGUUAAUGUAAAAUGAAAAUAUAUACAGUAUAUUUUAGCAUUAUCAAAAUCUCACUGCUCUUUUCUUGUAAAUUCUUGUACACAACAAUUAUUUACUGCAUGCAAAUACUUUUAUCAUUGACCAAAUAUACAAUUAUAACUUUAGUUUGCAGUGGAUAUAAAAAGUCUGCACACCUGGUUUGCGUCACAAAAACAGCUGUUUUUUUUUUGUGAUGUAAGAACUGCAAGUUAAAUCAUAUCAAAAUCUUUAAUGUAAAAAUUACAUUUUUUACAUUUUAAAAUUUCAUCAGAGAAGCAUGGUGGUGGCAGCAUCAUGCUUUUGAGCUGAUUUUUUUUUUUCUUCAGUUGGAACUGGGGGGUGCUUCUCAAUACUCAAAUUGAGGUGAUAGCACUCAAGUUUCCUCGCUCCUCUGACCUCCAGCCUGUGACCUGGAAACCGAUUGAAUUCAGCCAUAUUAAAGGACAUCUCAGUUAGCUAAUUGCACCAUGACGAGGCGAGGAACAUGGAGUGAGUAAGCAUCCAGAGGAGCUGUGCGCUAGGAUGCACAGGUGUAUCCUAUAAAGAAGUUUUUCUUGACGAGAAACCUGGUAUAAAUUCUCCUCCCCCUUCACAUCUGUCAUAAUACUUUUAAUUUAUGCUUUACAUUUGCAGUUUAAAUAAACCAUAUAUCAACAGGG